CGGGAGCGUUUUUUGACUCGCUCUCCGCGUGCGAAGUGGAAGAGAGAGAGAGAGAGAGAGAGAGAGAGAGGGAGGGAGCUAGAAGGAGUCCGAUCCUCGAAGCGAGGGCGAUCCACGCGAUUCUCUUCUCAAUUUUGUGUUUUUUUUUUUUCUCUGCGUCGUUACCCUUUCCCGAGCUCUUCCCACUAGCCUUCAGUGCUAGAAAGUGAAACAAGCAUCAAAGAUUCUCUCGGCCGCCUGUCCAAUGGAGGUAUUUGGCAAAUCUAUGAUUGCCGAGCCAAGCAAUGUGAUUUUCUUGUCCAGUAUUCUUAACACAGAAGGGCCGAUCCCUUGUCACAAGUGUGAUGUGAGAUGCCAGAACGAACACAUAUUUGGGAACAUGUACCGUUGCAAACUAACUGGAAUCACACAUAUCUGCGAUAAGAACUGUAACCAGAGAAUUCUGUACGAUAACCAUAACUCUCUUUGCAGAGUGAGUGGACAGGUUUUUCCUCUUUCACCGGCAGAGGCGCAGGUGGUGAGAGGAGUUAGGAGGAGGCUCGAAGUUGAGAACUCCGAGGGAUGUGCUUUUAAGCGCAAGCGUGAUGCCCAAAUGCACCCUUCUCCGUUUGAGAGGUCCUUUAGUGCGGUCUCUCCAAUGUUGGGUCAAAUUGGAGACGGCAUGGACAUGAUUUAGAGAUCACUAGUUCCUCUACUUAUCCUACUUUUUCUUCCUUUUUCCAUCUUCUUCUACUUCUCCCCUCUCUUUCACUUCAUUGGAAUAAGAACUUCUUACUGUAGGCUCGGAAGGGAAUCGGAUGUGUUAUGAACAUGAUGAGACACUAUUGAAGCUCCUUUGUAGUAUCAGUUAAUUGGAUAUGUUUGCUGUAACUAUUUAACUUUGAAACUCCUUUUCCAUCUCCUUUUAAGCUGACCUGUGAUUCUAAUGGCGAGAGUUGUUAUCUGAGGAGUACCUUUAGAGUUACUCACGAUUACUUCCUGUUAGUAUUGUUAGUUGUCGUGUAGAGCAACACCCGUUGGUACAAUGAUGUGAUUUUCGUUCGUAAAUUUGACUUGAUAGUCUGGUUCUGGAUUAGUUAUUUGUUUAUUGUGCUUUUUUAUUUUCUUCUCUUUUUUUUUAUUCUGGUUAUUACUCCUGUUAUUAUGACUGUAACAUUAUUAGGUAUAAAUUAGUCACUGCAUUGUUUUUGAUGAACAUGCAUAAAGAUUGUGUCUGAUCCAAGUUUCCUAUUACCUUUAUAAUUAUCUUGUGAUGAUGUGUGAUACUCAAUAAAACAUUCUUAUGUUAUGGAUCUUAUCUUUGAUACAUGGAAUGCAAGUAUUUUAUGAGUGGUGUUUUGAAGUGGCAGGAUUUGCUGGCCCAGUCAAACAUACUUAUGUAUGGUUUGUCCUCAUACUGUUCUUUCAAGUAGAUUGUAACAAAUUGGUGGUUAUUAAUGGUUUUUUAUGUUUUUCUCAUAUCUGUGUUUCUCAUGUCGGUUUUUCUGAAAUUUCAAUUUGUUUUGCAGGAGCUUCGAAGCACUAUAAGCCCAGGAGAAUUCUAAUUGCUUUUCUUAGUGACUCUUUUAUUGUUUAUACUUGUAAGGAGUUUAACCUGAUUUCUUGCAUUUGUAGGUGUGGAGUUAUAACUUGUUGGAUGGCCUUAUCACAGCAUUUGGGAAUAGUCAUUGUUCCUCUGAGACUUUGUUCCCUUGCAGCUGUUCAUCUGCUCAUCUGCUUUAGCAAGAAUCUUAACUGCAUUAUGAAUUGAAGUGCAUGGCAACAUAGUGGAUUAUAGAAUUUAUAACCGAGCUUUGCAGAUUGCAAUGCUUAGACCCCCGAACAGGGGUUGCAAGAAAGUUCACAUUUUGCUCAGUUUUGGACACCAUUCUGUGGAAUUCUGGACUGCUUUCUAACUCAACUUCAGUCUUUGAUGGUGCAUAUAGCAAGAAUUUGAAAUCUAUCUGGUAGAAGAUCUGUACCAAGAAUGUAUGUUUCAUGGAAUAGAACCCGUCUUGUUAUCACCAAUUAUUUCUACACAUCUUUGAUAUGGUGAAGUGUCAUCUGUGUCAGCAAAACUGGGACCAGAGUGAACAUCUACUUUUUGAUCCCAAGAUAUGAAGGUUCUGAGCAAACCUUAUUGUCGGAAUGCUGAUCAGCCUCAUGAAAUGCCUGCAGAUUUUGACUGCUUAAGGUGGUGUCCGAGGAGUGUACGAUAUUUGUGCCUAUUAAUCUGAUUCUGUUUUAUGGCUUCUUUUAGCCUCCCCAUCUCUUUAACCACUAAACCCAAAUGCAUUUAGUCUGGUUACGGAAUGGAUGGCGUUUAACCUGUAUCAUUAUUUAUAGUAGUGUUGAAUGUUUGAGACAUUUAACUUUGUAUUAGAACUCGUUGAUGUACAUUGACGAAAAGAUAGACGAUCUCUCUUUGUUUUUUCGUUUUUUCGUUUUUUCCUUUCUUUCUCUCUCUCAGUUUUCCUCGGCACUGCUGCUAAUGUAACUUUACAAGAAACGUGUUAUCAAAAUUUCAGGUGGUUGUAAA